AUGUCCUCCCCCAACCGCAAGCCCGUCCCCACCAUGUCCACCGCCCUCAAGGGUGCCCAGAUCUACUUCGGCCCAUUCCUCGUCACAUCCCAGGUACUUACUUCCUUCUACACACCCAGCCCCCUCCCCAAACUCCCACAUCUACCACGAACUGACCGAUUUCCGCCGCCGCAGGUCUUCCACCUCACCCCGCUAAGCUUCGCCCUCGUGAACCUCAAACCCAUCCUCCCAGGGCACGUCCUGGUCUCUCCCCGACGGCGCGUCCCCCGGGUCUCCGACCUCACCGCCGCCGAGACGAGCGAUCUCUUCGCGACGGUGCAGCGCGUCGGACGCGUCGUGGAGCGCGUGUACGGCGGCUCCAGCCUCAACAUUGCCAUCCAGGAUGGGCCGGAGGCGGGCCAGAGCGUCGCGCAUGUGCAUGCGCAUAUCAUCCCCAGGAAGCGGGCGGACCUGGACCACCGCGGCGGGACGGAUGCGGUGUAUGGUAUGCUGGAUGGGGAGGAGGGGGAUUUGAGGAGGGCGUUUGCGGAGGAGAAGGAGCGGGGGACGAAGUUUCCUGCUGUGGAUAAUGAGGCGCGGGCGCCGAGGAGUAUGGAGGAGAUGGAGGCGGAGGCGGAGAUGUUAGCGAGGGAGAUGGAGAAGGAAGGGGAGUUGAGGUGA